AUGUCUAAUAUAGCAGUAGCUUUAGAUGAUACAUCAUCACCAGCUAUAAUAAGUGGUAUAGUACUAUUCUUUAGAAAAUCAAAAAAUAUAGAAAAGUAUGUUAUAUGGGAUGAUAUCAAGCAUAAUCCAAAUAUAACUUAAAUAGAAUUUAUGGCUAUUAAUACUUAAAAUUUUAAGUUAAAGAAACCUAAACCAUUGAUAGAAACAUCAACAGAUAAAAUUGAAUUAGACAUAGUAGUAAAUUACUAUUUUUUUAUGAUAAGUUACAUAUUUGUUCAUUCAUCAUAAGGAAUUACGAAAUAAUAUUGAAAUAAUCACAUGAAGAUAUUCAACAUACCAAGGUUUCAUUUCUUAGAGUUGAUAUUUUUGAAAAGGAAUUUAGGUAAUAGAAAAGGAAACUAUGUUUUUAUUUUGAUAAUUUUAAUGGAUCUUAGAAAUUAUAAAUAUAAAAUGAAAAUGAUGAUGAUAAUGAAAGCAUUUCACUCAAUAAAAACUAUAGAUUAGAAUAUGAGAAAUUAUUUUUAGAAUGA